UUUUUAAAAGGUAAAUUUUAUUUUUAAUUUAAAUAAUUUUCUUAAUUAUAGAGGAGAUAUUUCAUUUCUUUUUAGACCCUGUUUUUCCAGCCAAUGCAAUGGUAAAAAGACAGAUUAAGAAAGAAAUUAAAGAAGAACCUGAUUUUUCUCCUUAUAAUUUAGCCAGUCUUAAGAAAAUGGAUGUGAAGGAUAAGAUAGCAUAUGUGGUUGAUCUGCAGCAAGAGAAGGUCUUGAUUGGAGAUCACAAUAUGGCUUCUAAAGUAAUAAUAAAACAAGAAGUUCUUGGAGAUGAAGACAUAGUUGAAGACAGUAUUCUUGAUGGAGAAUUUAUUUCUAGCGACAACAUUGAUUAUACAAUUGUCAAGCAAGAGGAAGAACUAGAUUUAGAAGAGUCUCCAGUGGAUCAUGGUUUACAAUCGAAGCAAGGAUAUGUAGAACUAGUUACUAAACCUCCUAUUGUUAAUAGAGUGAUAUCUCUUGUCGAAGAUAUAUCACCUCCAAAUAAAGAACUGAAGGACUCUGUUGAUAACACUGCUCAAAUCACUAAUACUGAUCCUCCAAAUGAAGAAGUGAAUGAGAAGGACGCAGUUGAUGAAAGUACUGAAAGCACCAAUACUGGAUCUACUCGGAAAAAAGCGAAAAUUCAUCAGUGUCCUCAGUGUCAUUACAAAACUGUAAGAUCUGAUCAUGUAAAACGGCAUCUGAGGGCUGUCCAUCUUAAAGAUAAACCACACAAAUGCUCAAAAUGUCGCUAUCAAACUUCAGAGGCUAAUUCACUAAAAAGGCAUAUGAUUUCAAAACAUUCACUCGAGAAUAAAAAUGUGAUUAAAAAAUGUGAGACUAAAACUGUAAGUAAGCAGGAUAUAAGUAGACCAAUAGAAAGGGAGCACCAGAAGAACAAUAUGCAUUAUUGUUCAGAAUGUGGAUACAAGACUGAAAGGUUUGAGGAUCUGGAAAAACAUACGGCGGUUCAUCAUACCAAAGCGAAAGCUGAUGUGCACAAAUGCCUUGAUUGUUCUUAUAUUGCUCAAACUGAACAGGAGUUAAAAAAUCACAUUACAGUUCUCCAUAAACUCCAGCAAUGUUCACUCUGCGAAUACCAUACCACCAAUCUUCGUGAGAUGAAUAAGCACAUCAGGUCUGUCCAUGCUAAAGAUAAACCUUAUAAAUGUUCACAAUGUAGCUAUCGAGCUGCGGAGCCGAGUAAGUUGAAAAGACAUAUAAUGGCAAAGCAUCCUCUUGAGAAGCCGUACCAUUGUCCGGACUGCGAUUAUAAAACAGCAAGUGAGCGUGAUAUAAAAAGACAUAGUGAGACACAGCAUCCUCAUCUGUGUGGACAAUGUGAUUUCAAAACACCAAAUUAUCAGGAUUUAGAAAAACAUAUUGCCACGUUUCACGCAGAAUCCGAAGUGGAAUCUGAUUGUUCAGAAGAUAGUGAGCAUGGAGCUGGUAGUGUUCAUCAAAUGGAGAAGCGUUCUUCAACUGCCAACCAACCAAAAGCCAAAUCACAUGAGUGUUCACAGUGUGAUUAUAAAACAUUGAUUCUUGAAGAAUUAAAUCGCCACAUCAAGAGUAAUCAUAUGAAAGAAAAGUCUUUUCGUUGUUCAUUUUGCGAGUUUUCAGCUGUUGAAGCAAUUAGUUUGAAGAUGCAUAUGAUAGCCAAACAUCCGAAGGAGAAAUCUAGCAACUGCCCCGAUUGUCAUUUUAAGACAGAAAAUAAACGAACAUUGGAAAGACAUAUUAAAAGUGCUCAUUCUAAAAUAAAAGAAUGUUUCGAUUCUGAGAGUAGUAUUGAACAACUACAGGAGUCGAAAAAACUUUCAGUGAGCAGUACGAGCAUAACUGACCCUGAGUUAAGUAGGCUUAUUGGUGAUCAAUAUCUUCAUGAAUGUUCCGUCUGCGAUUUUAAAACUACCAACUCUAUUCACUUAAAUAGGCAUAUCAAGGCAAUCCAUGCUAAAGAGAAGCCUUACCAAUGUUCUCAAUGUGGAUUCAGUGCGGCGGAAGCAAUAAUCUUAAAAAGGCAUGUGAUGUCUAAGCAUCCAAAACAGAAAACCUAUCAAUGUCCUGAUUGUAGUUAUGAAACUACCAGCGUGCAUGAAAUGAAUAAGCAUACAACUACAAUCCAUCCCAGUGAUCUUGAGAUUAACUUGGCAUUUUCAAAUAGUGAUCAGCUGCAAGAAAAACCUCAUCAGUGUUCAAAAUGUGAUUACAGAGCAUCAUCUUAUAACGAGAUAGAAAAUCAUACAAAAAUCCAUCACUCGUGUGAUAAAACUUUAAAUAUUGUUGAUGCGGAACAAUGUAUUAGUAAUAAACAUAAGAAAGUGAAAAUUAACCAAUGUACUCAUUGUGAGUAUAAAACUGCUCAUAAUUAUCAUUUAUUAAGACACAUUAGGAUGGUUCACCAAAAAGGAAAAGCAUUGAAAUGUCUGGAGUGUGAAUUCACUGCUGCGGAUGCAGUUAAUUUAAAGAAGCAUAUGUUAGCAAAACAUUUUCCAGAGAAACCGUUUCGUUGCUCAGACUGUGAUUUUAAUACUACUAGUGAGCGCAGUAUGAAGAUUCACACGGAGAACCAACACCCAGCUGACGACAAACCUUCACGAUAUAAAAAAUGUAAGUACAAAUCAUCUAGUCACUCGGACUUGAAAGAACGUCUGAUUGCUUUUCAUAGUGAUAAGAAGGUACAUCAUUGUGAAGAUUGUGAAUUUGUAACAGAUAGUGCUCGUGAAUUCGAAAAGCACACCAAAAAUUUACACUUCAAAGAAAAGCUCAACUGUUCUCAGUGUGAAUAUAGUUCAGCAAAUCGCAAUGAUUUAGACAAACAUGUUCUUUCUCUUCAUAAAAACUGUCUAAAAGUAAAAAUUACGAAAAAGAAAAUUUACAAUAUUAAAAAACCUGUUUCUAAAUUAAGAUCUUCAUCAGACAUACAAAAAGAAGGUUUAGCUAUAAAUGUUAAAGGAAAAAAAACUUUGAAUGGGCUGAAGUCAAAAGCGAAGAGCUACAAGUGUGGCCAUUGUGAUUACUGUAGUGAAUAUAGCCGUAAUUUGAGAAGGCAUGUGAUGGGAGUUCAUAAGAAAGAAAAACCUUUUAAUUGUCCUAUGUGCAGUUUCAGUUCUCUUGAUCUUCCUCAGUUGAAGAAUCAUGUACUGGUUAAACAUUUAUGAAGAAAUCUCUUAAAAAUCUCUGUUAAAACUUGAAAGAGGUAGUAUUUAGCUAAGGAAAUAGCUAACGCUAAUAUAAUAGCUGUUAAUUGAUUUUCAAAUCAAUACAGUCUAUGCAGAUUGUUUUUAAAUCUGCAUCAAAAAGUCUGACAGCUUUUUGUGAAACUUGUAAUGUGCCAUGUACUACGGCUUUAGAUGGCCAUUAUAUUAUAAUUUGAAUUCGUGAGAAUGUUACUCUUUGUUAACGAAUGCCAGAGUUAUACAUACAGUAUUGGUGUAGACUGUAGAAGUCAGGAUCCUUGUAUCUAUUACCAUCACCGAUGAGUAAGUGUUGAAGAUGGUAUUUUAAUCGUCUAGUUUGAUGGAGAGUAGGAAGCAAGGCUUUUGAUAAAAUUGACAUGUGAAGACACAAAAGUGGGCCAAAAUGUAAACCUCAAAGUGGUGGCAAAGAAAGAAAAGACAUGCCAUUUUCCUUUUAUUCUUGUUGGACAAAAGAAGUAUGGAUAGUGUUGCAAGGUUUCGCAUAUUACCUACCUGUCUCGAGCUAUUGCUGUGACUGUUUUUGUUGCUUUCCCACGUCAUUGGAAAAUAAUUUUAACAAAUAUUUUAAAAAAUAACCAAAUUGAUCCAAUAUUUCUGUCACAGCUGCUUUCUAAACAUUACCAGAGAAUUAUUUGUCUUAUUUUUUAUUUUUAUUUUUAAAUUUUACGUUGGGAAUUUUGAAAUCUAUAUAUUCUCAACCUCAAUUUGCUCAGAAG